CCACCCUUCUCGCACUUCCCCGUUUCCCCCUCCACGUGCGCCGACGCGCCGCACCCCGCGCUCGCUCAGAGUAUAUCCCGAUGACGUCGAGUUGCGUGAAGCAUUCUCUGUGAAUGCAUUGGUUUCUCGUAGACUUCCCCUCCCCCGCCGCCGCCCCACCAACCGAUUUCCCGCCUCCGGUAGAAAACAGCUAGGGUGGCCGUGAGUUUGGCAGUUCACGCGUGCUCGCCGGAAAGGAAGCAAGUGUCGCGCCGCUUUUGUUGAAGGGUGUCUCGAAUUUCCCCGUCCACUAUGGAAGAGUUGUACGGCAAACAGUACAAGUUGAACAAGAGCGAGAAGUUCGAUGAAUACAUGAAGGCGAUGGGCGUUGGCAUGAUGACCCGCAAGCUGGGCGGCACCGUGUCGCCCGUCAUCGAGCUGACGGAGGCCGACGGCGUGUACACCCUCAAGUCCACCUCCACCUUCAAGAACACGGUCAUCUCCUUCAAGCUGGGCGAGGAGUUCGACGAGGAGACCCCCGACGGGCGCAAGGUGAAGUCCACCAUCACCCGCGACGGCAACAAGUUGAUCCAGAUCCAGAAGGGCGAGCCCAAGGACACGGAGAUCAUCCGCGAGUUCUCACCCGAGCAGGUGCUCAUGACUUUGAAGGUGGAUGACAUUUUAAGUUGUUUAACAUCACAAUUUGCUCAAAUUGCUAGCACAACUUCGUUUAAUUCAUUAGUUUUUGUUUCUGAUAAUUUCCUUAAAGUUUUGUAA